UUAAAUUCCAUGUGAUUAAUGACAAACAGUUUUGACAGUUUCUUUUACCAUUCGAUGUCUUAAUACAUUUAAAUUAGCAAUGUUAAUUACACAAAAAUGUCCAGAAAAGGGUUUUUAGUUAAAGUGGAACUUGACGUACAAAAGGUGACAUGUCCAGGAGUGUGGCUCUGUUCCAAUGGGAAGGUGUCUUUACAAAUUUAUAUGUUGGAUUCAUCCAUACAAACUUCAAGUUGCAAACCCACAUUUCCAAUUUAUUUUCAUGAGAAGUUUGUAUUUUACAAAACGUUCACCGAAGACCAAAGGCUCAAUGAACUGCAAAGGAGCUUAAACAAUGAAUGGUUUUACGCUGAACUGGUACAAUGGCAAAGUUGCAACGAAGGAUGUGUUUUAGCUACAUUUCAAACCACUUUAGAUGAUUUAUUAUACCCUUCAUCAUUCCGUCGUGUAAUAAGUGGAAUGGACAUAGACUUACUUAUGGAACCGACAGAACUGUUCCCUGGCACAAUAGCACCUAAAUUAGAAAUUGGCACAAAAACUACAAUAGAAGAAACUUUAUGUGACAUCGAUGUGGAAACGCCGAGUACUGUCCUUUGUAACCCAAAACUCCUUCUUUCCACACAAUCACCUCCAAGAAAAAGCAGACCUAAAAAAGUUUGCCACUCCAUUGCCUUUAGUAGGGCCUUGAAAAAUGUACCUCCUAAACAGAAAAGGAACAGGCCCAUCUUUCAGUAUCGGAAAGUAAGUGAUGACUUAAUAUUGAGAAAUAAUCCAAAUGUUGUCUUAAAACCAACCGAGGAGACUUUGGGACAACAUCCAAUAGAGAGAGCCAGUGUUACCAGAGGCUGCAAUUGUUAUUGCAAUUUAAGAUCUAGAAGCAUGGAAAACCUAUUACCCAACCAGCCUAAAUUUGUCUACAGAAGAGCUUCUCCAGAAAAUAUUAACAGAAAACUUUGUAAGGGAUGUACAAAAUGUAAUUACGAAAGGAGUCAUGGUGAUAUGUACUGUCCUAUUUGUAACAAAUACCAAGAUUUAUUCACACCAAAUUCUUCCAAUGUGAAUAAUUCUGUUUCAACAAAUAAUGUGUAUACCAAAGUAUAUAAGCCAAGUAAGUUGUGUUCGCAUUGCAAACGAAUGGCCAAGUUCCAUGUCAGAUCCAGCACAGGUUCCGCAUGCGAAUCUGACGUUUCAGACAGCUCUAAGAAGAAAGUUUGCUUUUGUCUGCCCAAGGAAACCGCAAAUAGUUUAGCACAACAGUUGCAUGAAAGGUUGUCUAGAACCCUGGAAAGCAACCGUAGGUUCAUUAAUAAUUGCAUGUACUGUGAGGAUACUGCCGAGUAAACCAUCAACAUUGUAAGAAACUAAUA